GUCCUGUGACAGCAGGACUCGACUGCUAAACAUACUGUAAUUUCAGAGCAGGUAGAUAGUAGACUUUUCCUCUAUUUAUUAUCGCAGAAUCUCCAGCCAGCGCAGCGAUACAACCGGGACCAUGGAGAGAAAGAGUCUACCUGUUAAACGCAUUCUCAACAAGCCCCAGAUUUUCCGCAGCGACCUUCGCACCGAUGUAAACGCCGGCCAGUUGCGGGCUGGACGGUCACUACAAACUAAAGUGCAGAGGAGCAGACACAAGAAUUUCUACGAUACAAACCAUCAGAUUAAGGUCAAGCCUGAUCUAAACACAACACUCCCUGUGCGACAGACUGCUUCCAUCUUUAAACAGCCAGUCACUAAGAUAACUAAUCAUCCAAACAACAAGGUGAAAACAGACCCUCAGAAAGCCGUGGACCAACCAAAACAACUGUUCUGGGAGAGGAAGCUGAGCGGGUUAAAUGCAUUCGACAUAGCAGAGGAGCUGGUGAAAACUAUGGACCUUCCGAAAGGCUUGCAGGGUGUCGGCCCAGUGUGUUCUGACAAAACACUGCUGUCUGCCAUCGCCAGUGCCCUGCACACAAGCCCAGCACCCAUCACUGGCCAGCUAACUGCUGCAGUGGAGAAAAACCCUGGAGUCUGGCUAAAUACAACACAGCCGCUCUGCAAAGCGUUUGUGGUGACCGACGAUGACAUCAGGAGGCAGGAGGACCUGGUGCAGAACGUACGGAGACGGCUGGAGGAGGCACUGAUGGCUGACUCUCUUGCUCAUCUAGAGGAUGCUGCUGCAGAUGCAGUAGUUGACAAAGAGGAGAAGAAGGCUGAACCGCUGGAGAAGGAUGAGUUAUAGCCAAGGUAGAUAGAAACACAGCAUGAGUGGCAGAAAUCCUUUCAUUCAUCAGAGAAGGGUUUACAGAGAUAUAAACUAUUAUACAUUCCUGAUUUAUGUUCUCAUCUUUCCUCAGGUUUGCUGUUAAACUCCAUAUACUAAAAAAACUCCAUUUUGAAUAGUAUGCAGGAAAAAGAAAAACAAUGAAAUCUUUCAUUUUUCCUAACCUAAACAAAGACUUGUCAUCUUUAUGCUCUAUAGUUUUUACACUUGGUAGUGUAAUCCUCUAAGGGUGCUUCUUUUUGUUAUGUUUGUUUUACCUCUACUAAUGUAAGGCAGCUGUGGAUGGUGCUCAAUACAAUGCAGUAUUACAUUUAGUUUCCAGCUGUUUAACCUCAGUGUUGAAGUUACAAACCUCACAUAUGUGAAUUUCUAUGUUAUAACGUUUGUCUGUUCAGCAAAAGCUGUAUAUUUUUAACUACCCCCAGAUUGUCUUGCUUUUACAUUUUACUGAUACUGCAGGUUGGUUGUUUUAUGGUGUGUUUCUGAAAGCAUUGAUGAGCAGCAGUAUUUUUUUUUUUUUUUUUUUUUUGUAUGAAACACAGCACUCAUGGCUGUAAAUAAACUGUCUUCAAGUUUUACGGUCAGUUCUUCUCAUAAUUCAUUUGAAUUUACUAAACCGGAGUCAUUGUAUUUGCAUUGUCAGAUAUGUUUUGUUCUUUUGCCAACAACAUUAAAGUUCGGAGAUUCAUUAGAGAUCUGAACAGGUAUCUGAAACUGUACAACGCUGAUGUACUGUACGUUGUUACUUUACUUUGUGGAAUAAAUGCAGCUUCUUUUGAACAAAUC